AACCCCUCCAGGGAUGGGGCAGCCACCACUGCUCUGGGCAACCUGUUCCAAUUAUCUUCUCUGAAUUUUAGGAUCAGCAUCUCGUGUUUGCUUCCUGCUUCUUGGCACUUCAGCAUCUCUCCAGUGGGAUGUCCACGUAUCCUCAACACCACGUUGCGACAGAUUGUCGUGAUAGGAAUACUUGCUGCUGCUGUCUCUCUGCUUUACUACUCCCUGGUGGUCAUCCGCAAUAAGUAUGGGCGUGCGUACAGGGACAGGAGAUUCCACAGAUAUCUCGCCCGAGUUACUGAUACUGAAGCCACGGAUACAAACAACCCUAAUCUGAACUAUGGAAUUGUUGUGGACUGUGGCAGCAGUGGCUCGAGGAUCUUUGUGUAUUGUUGGCCGAGGCACAAUGGUAAUCCACACGAUCUGUUGGACAUCAAACAGAUGAGGGACAAGAACAGGAAACCAGUGGUCAUGAAGAUUAAACCAGGCAUUUCGGAGUUUGCCAGGUCUCCUGAAAAGGUCAGCGAUUACAUUUCUCCACUUCUGAGCUUCGCUGCUGAACACGUGCCACGUGCGAAACACAAAGAGACUCCUCUUUACAUUCUCUGUACUGCAGGGAUGAGGAUUCUGCCAGAAAGCCAGCAGAAGGCCAUACUUGAAGAUCUGCUCACCGAUAUCCCUGUGCACUUUGAUUUUCUCUUUUCGGACUCACAUGCAGAGGUUAUUUCAGGGAAACAGGAAGGAGUGUAUGCAUGGAUUGGCAUCAACUUUGUCCUCGGAAGAUUUGAACAUACAGAUGAUGAGGAUGAAGCGAUUGUGGAGGUGCACAUCCCGGGCAGUGAAAACAAAGAGGCAAUCUUUCGUAAGAGGACAGUGGGUAUUCUCGACAUGGGUGGAGUGUCGACCCAGAUAGCAUACGAAGUCCCUAAAACUGAGGAAGUAGCCAAGAAUUUACUUGCAGAAUUCAACUUGGGUUGUGAUGCUCAUCAAACUGAGCACGUGUACAGAGUCUACGUUGCAACAUUCCUUGGCUUCGGAGGAAAUGCAGCACGCCAGAGGUAUGAAGAGAGUCUAUUCACCACCACAGCGCUUAAAAACAGACUGCUGGGCAAGGAGAUUGGAAUGACUUCUGAUUCGCCCUACCUAGAUCCUUGCCUGCCCCUGGAUGCUCAGGAUGAGAUCCAGCAGAACGGACAGAUAAUGUAUUUGCGAGGGACGGGAGAUUUCAAUCUGUGUCGUGAAAUUAUUCAGCCCUUCAUGAAUAAGACUAAUGAAACACAGACAUCUCUUAAUGGUGUCUAUCAGCCUGCCGUGCACUUCCAGAACAGUGAAUUCUAUGGUUUCUCAGAGUUCUACUACUGCACCGAGGACGUGUUACGAAUGGGAGGGGAUUACAAUGCUGCUAAGUUUGUUAAAGCUGCAAAGGAUUAUUGUGCCACUAAGUGGUCUGUCCUACGGGAACGUUUUGACCGUGGUCUUUACGCGUCACAUGCUGAUCUCCACAGAUUGAAGUACCAGUGUUUUAAGUCCGCCUGGAUGUAUGAAGUAUUUCACAGUGGCUUCUCGUUUCCUGUGAGCUACAGCAAUCUGAAAACAGCUCUGCAGGUUUAUGAUAAAGAGGUGCAAUGGACUUUGGGAGCCAUCCUUUACCGAACACGGUUUUUACCUUUAAGAGACAUCCAGCAAGAAAACUUCCGUGGAAAUCAUUCCCACUGGAGGAGCUUCUCUUUUGUUUACAAUCACUAUUUGUUUUUUGCCUGUUUUCUGAUUGUGCUGCUCUCCAUCCUGCUUUACCUGCUGAGGCUCAGACGGAUCCACAGGCGAAUGUUGCAUAACAGCUCACCGACUUCCCUAUGGAUCGAGGAAGGCCUCCCACCGCAGAAGAUCGCAGGACCUUGAUGAGAUGUAACGAUGGAGAGCUUGUAUUGGACUUGCUACGCAAAAAGCCAUUUUUACCUCAGGGUUCCUCCUUUUCGUCCCUUUGAACCAUUGAAGAAGCAGAUUUGCCUGGAGCAUGUAAUGCAGCUGGGCUUUGGAAAUAUGGGAAAAUGGGGUCAACGUGGCUUAGUCUCAUUAGACAGUGUUUGCCAAAAAUUAGGGGUUUUUAAUAUUGCACUUUCAUUGUGAGACGAGCAGUGGUUCGUCAGGAAAUGAGUAGCAGCAGCUUAAGCUGUAUAUGGUCAGAGAAUGAGUGUGAGCUGUGAAAUGCUGAGAGUUGGGAUGAAUGAGGCCUGGUUUUGUUUUCCUGUCCAGAUUCUAGGAUCGGUAUCGUUUGACUUCUUAAUUCUGAGUCUCCUCAAAUCAAAGAAAAGGAAGUGCAGGGUUUUCUAAAUCAGUAAGGACCCAACCUGUUAGGACAGCUUUACCUGAUUUGAUAAGUACUGUGAUAGAGAAAAAAAAAUCUAUUGCACCUAGUGCUGUGCUUCCACAAAAAAGCUUAAAUCACUUUUGUUUCUUUGUGUCCGUUUCCCCUUCUGUCCUGAAAGCUUUAGCCUCAUAGUGGCAACAGUCACUACUUUUUAAUCCUUUAUUUCUAUUUCGUAAUCAUGCAGAGUUCUCCCUGAAACUCCAGGACGGUGAAAAGAACUGGAAUACGCCUCGGCUUUUGUUUCUGCUAGAGUAGCCAUGCACAGUGUUUCUUUUUUUUGUUUUGAAUUCUCCGAUUUGUUAAUUUAUAUUUUAUUUAAAACUGUUCAUUUUACUUGAAAAUAAAUUUGUCCAUGAUUAAAAGUGGGAUUUAUAUGAA